GCCUCGAGCCGUGUCUUGGAGUACGUCCUCCUGGGUUUGGGAAUCUCCGAUUAGUUCCAUCUCAAGCGCUGACUCCGUGCGUGCGUGUGUGUGUGUGUGUGUGUGUGUGUGUGUGUGUGUGUUUAGUUAGCUGGCACGCAACGCACUUCCCCAGGGUUGUUUCCUUUUUCCUGAGAUUUGGCGAAGGGUGAAGGGUCGGAGUCACAUGGAUACAAAGCAUUUGAGGAACGUCCAAGUCACCGCCGUCGCUGCCGGAGCCGCCUCCCCUCCAGCCCGGGCCGCGUGAGGCCGGAGCCGCGGGGCAGGGCGCGCAGGUCCCGGCCCGGGGGCGCCUCUCCCGGGAGCUGCCUCCCGCGCCCGCGUCCCAGCGGGAGCCCGCCCCGGCCUCGCCCCAGCAUGUAAGGGCGCCCGGAGCUCCUCGGACUUGUCGGCGGCGCCCACUCUGCCCUCGGGCCGCGGGGGGCGCGCGGCGCUGCGGACCAUGAGCGACGAGAGCCGCGGGGACUGCCGCGCCGAGAGCGCCAAGGACCUGGAGAAACAGCUCCGGCUGCGCGUGUGCGUGCUCAGCGAGCUCCAGAAGACCGAGCGGGACUACGUGGGCACGCUGGAGUUCCUGGUGUCGGCAUUCUUACACCGAAUGAACCAGUGUGCUGCAUCAAAAAUUGACAAAAAUGUAACAGAAGAAACAGUGAAGAUGCUGUUCUCAAACAUUGAAGACAUCCUUGCAGUACAUAAGGAGUUUUUAAAAGUCGUGGAAGAAUGCCUACAUCCAGAACCUAACGCUCAACAAGAAGUGGGAACCUGCUUUCUUCACUUUAAAGACAAGUUCCGUAUCUAUGAUGAAUAUUGUAGUAACCAUGAGAAGGCACAAAAAUUGCUUCUUGAACUUAACAAAAUAAGAACAAUCCGCGCAUUUCUUUUGAACUGCAUGCUACUUGGAGGACGGAAGAACACAGAUGUUCCCCUGGAAGGAUAUUUAGUAACACCAAUACAAAGAAUUUGCAAGUACCCUCUCCUUUUGAAGGAGUUGCUGAAACGGACUCCAAGGAAACACAGUGACUACGCAGCAGUGAUGGAAGCCCUCCAAGCCAUGAAAGCUGUCUGUUCUAACAUAAACGAGGCCAAGAGGCAGAUGGAGAAGUUAGAAGUUUUAGAGGAAUGGCAGUCUCACAUUGAAGGCUGGGAGGGAUCCAACAUUACCGACACUUGCACUGAAAUGCUCAUGUGUGGCGUCUUAUUGAAAAUUUCUUCUGGAAAUAUUCAAGAACGGGUGUUUUUCCUUUUUGAUAAUCUUCUGGUGUACUGCAAAAGGAAACACAGACGGUUGAAGAAUAGCAAGGCAUCCACAGAUGGACAUCGGUACCUUUUUCGUGGCCGGAUCAAUACAGAGGUGAUGGAAGUGGAGAAUGUGGAUGAUGGCACAGCUGACUUCCAUAGCAGUGGACACAUUGUUGUCAAUGGAUGGAAAAUACAUAACACAGCGAAAAAUAAAUGGUUUGUGUGUAUGGCAAAAACACCUGAAGAGAAGCAUGAGUGGUUUGAAGCUAUUUUGAAAGAAAGAGAACGGCGAAAAGGUUUAAAAUUAGGAAUGGAGCAAGACACCUGGGUAAUGAUCUCCGAACAGGGUGAGAAACUUUAUAAGAUGAUGUGCAAACAGGGAAAUCUGAUCAAAGACAGAAAAAGAAAAUUGACCACGUUCCCUAAAUGCUUCCUUGGAAGUGAAUUUGUGUCAUGGCUGUUGGAAAUUGGAGAGAUUCACAGGCCUGAGGAAGGUGUUCACUUAGGACAAGCAUUGUUAGAAAAUGGAAUCAUCCACCAUGUUACUGAUAAACACCAAUUCAAGCCAGAACAGAUGUUAUAUAGAUUUCGUUAUGAUGAUGGAACUUUUUAUCCAAGAAAUGAGAUGCAGGAUGUGAUUUCAAAGGGAGUGAGAUUAUAUUGCCGUCUCCAUAGUCUGUUUACUCCAGUGAUUAGAGAUAAAGAUUACCAUCUAAGGACCUACAAAUCUGUAGUCAUGGCCAACAAACUUAUAGACUGGUUAAUUGCGCAGGGGGAUUGCCGCACCCGAGAAGAAGCAAUGAUAUUUGGUGUUGGUCUCUGUGACAAUGGAUUUAUGCACCAUGUCCUUGAAAAAAGUGAAUUCAAAGAUGAACCCCUACUUUUCCGUUUUUUUUCGGAUGAGGAAAUGGAAGGAUCAAAUAUGAAGCAUCGUCUAAUGAAACAUGAUUUAAAAGUUGUGGAAAAUGUUAUAGCCAAAUCAUUAUUGAUUAAAUCCAAUGAAGGCAGCUAUGGUUUUGGGUUAGAAGACAAAAAUAAAGUUCCAAUAAUAAAGUUGGUAGAAAAGGGCUCUAAUGCUGAGAUGGCUGGCAUGGAAGUUGGGAAAAAGAUUUUUGCUAUUAAUGGUGACCUAGUUUUUAUGAGACCUUUCAAUGAAGUGGAUUGCUUCCUGAAAUCAUGCUUAAACAGCAGAAAACCUCUAAGAGUUCUUGUGAGCACAAAGCCAAGGGAGACUGUGAAAAUCCCAGAUUCAGCUGAAGGACUUGGAUUCCAGAUCCGAGGAUAUGGCCCAUCAGUUGUACAUGCAGUAGGAAGAGGAACUGUGGCUGCAGCAGCUGGUCUCCACCCUGGACAGUGUAUUAUCAAAGUAAAUGGAAUCAAUGUCAGUAAAGAGACCCAUGCCAGCGUUAUUGCACAUGUUACAGCCUGCAGGAAAUAUAGGAGACCAAUGAAGCAAGAUUCCAUACAAUGGGUUUAUAAUAGCAUUGAGAGCGCUCAAGAAGACCUUCAAAAGUCUAACUCCAAACCCCCUGGAGAUGAAAUAGGAGAUGCUUUUGACUGCAAAGUAGAAGAGGUAAUUGACAAGUUUAACACCAUGGCCAUCAUCGACGGGAAGAAGGAGCAUGUGAGUCUAACAGUGGAUAACGUCCACCUGGAAUAUGGUGUCGUGUAUGAGUAUGACAGCACAGCUGGGAUAAAGUGUAACGUGGUGGAGAAGAUGAUUGAGCCCAAAGGUUUCUUCAGCCUCACUGCCAAGAUUCUUGAAGCCCUGGCUAAAAGUGAUGAUCAUUUUGUACAAAACUGCACCAGCCUUAACUCUUUAAAUGAAGUGAUUCCUACUGACCUUCAGAGUAAAUUCAGUGCCAUUUGCAGUGAAAAAAUUGAGCACAUAUGUCAGAGAAUAUCCAGUUAUAAAAAGUUUUCACGUGUCCUGAAGAAUAGAGCCUGGCCCACCUUUAAACAGGCCAAAUCUAAAAUCUCCCCAUUACAUAGCAGUGAUUUCUGCCCUACCAACUGUCAUGUCAACAUAAUGGAAGUUUCCUAUCCCAAAACAUCAACCUCCCUGGGGAGUGCAUUUGGUGUUCAGCUGGAUAGUAGGAAGCAUAAUUCUCAUGAUAAAGAAAAUAAAUCUGAGCAAGGGAAACUGAGUCCAAUGGUGUACAUUCAGCACACAAUCACAACCAUGGCAGCUCCUUCAGGUCUGUCUCUGGGACAACAGGAUGGGCAUGGGCUCCGGUACUUGUUAAAAGAAGAAGACCUAGAAACCCAAGAUAUUUAUCAGAAACUAUUGGGCAAACUUCAGACUGCACUGAAAGAGGUGGAAAUGUGUGUUUGUCAAAUUGAUGACCUUCUGUCUUCCAUAACAUAUUCUCCUAAAUUAGAACGUAAGACAUCAGAGUGCAUAGUACCACCAGACAGUGACAACGAGAAGGGAGAAAGAAAUAGCAAACGAGUCUGUUUUAAUAUGGCGGGAGACGAACAGGAAGAUUCAGGUCAUGACACCAUCAGCAACAGAGACUCUUACAGCGACUGCAACAGCAACAGGAAUUCUAUUGCCUCCUUCACCAGCAUCUGCAGUAGCCAAUGCAGCUCAUACUUUCACAGUGAUGAGAUGGAUUCAGGUGAUGAGCUUCCCCUCAGUGUUCGCAUUUCUCAUGAUAAACAGGACAAGAUACAUAGUUGCCUCGAGCACCUUUUCAGCCAGGUGGAUUCAAUUACCAAUCUCCUAAAAGGGCAAGCUGUUGUAAGAGCCUUUGAGCAAACCAAGUACCUCACACCAGGUCAAGGAUUACAAGAAUUUCAGCAGGAAAUGGAACUAAAGCUGAGUUGUCCCAAAAGGUUAAGGCUUCACAUCAAGCAAGACCCUUGGAAUCUUCCCAGCAGUGUCCGGAAUCUUGCUCAGAACAUCAGAAAAUUUGUUGAAGAGGUAAAGUGUAGGAUACUCCUGGCUCUUCUUGAAUAUUCAGACAGUGAGACACAGCUCCGAAGAGACAUGGUUUUCUGCCAGAGCCUUGUGGCCACAGUCUGUGCCUUCUCCGAGCAGCUCAUGGCAGCCUUAAACCAGAUGUUUGACAACAGCAAAGACAAUGAGAUGGACACGGGGGAAGCCAGCAGAAGAUGGCUGGACCAGAUAGCGAAUGCAGGUGUUCUUUUCCAUUUUCAAUCACUCCUGUCACCAAACUUGACAGAUGAACAAGCCAUGCUAGAAGACACACUGGUUGCACUAUUUGAUUUGGAAAAGGUUUCUUUCUACUUUAAGCCAUCAGAAGAGGAGCCAUUGGUUGCAAAUGUUCCUCUUACUUAUCAAGCGGAGGGAAGCCGGCAGGCUCUGAAAGUUUACUUCUACAUUGAUAGUUAUCACUUUGAACAACUGCCUCAACGUUUGAAAAAUGGAGGAGGGUUUAAAAUUCAUCCUGUUCUUUUUGCACAAGCACUGGAGAGCAUGGAAGGAUAUUAUUAUAGAGAUAAUGUUUCGGUGGAAGAAUUUCAAGCCCAGAUAAAUGCAGCCUCACUGGAAAAAGUCAAACAAUACAACCAGAAGCUCAGGGCCUUCUACUUGGACAAGUCAAAUUCACCACCAAACUCCACAUCCAAAGCUGCCUAUGUAGAUAAGCUAAUGAGGCCUCUCAAUGCUUUGGAUGAACUUUAUCGACUGGUAGCCUCGUUUAUCAGAUCCAAGCGCACUGCGGCCUGCGCAAACACAGCCUGCAGCGCCUCCGGGGUGGGGCUGCUGUCUGUUUCCUCAGAGCUGUGCAACAGGCUGGGAGCUUGCCACAUCAUCAUGUGCAACAGCGGUGUGCACAGAUGCACCCUGAGUGUGACCCUGGAGCAGGCCAUCAUUCUGGCCAGAAGCCACGGGCUGCCUCCUCGCUACAUCAUGCAGGCUACAGAUGUGAUGCGGAAGCAGGGAGCAAGAGUUCAGAACACAGCAAAGAAUUUGGGGAUCAGAGACCGAACCCCACAGUCUGCUCCAAGGCUCUACAAGCUGUGUGAGCCGCCUCCCCCCAUGGGAGAAGAAUAAAGAGAAUCCCCCAAGGAACCAGGCAAGCAGAAGCUUCUGAACACCAGACAGAGGACAUGCUGGCUACAUAUUCUCCAUUCAAGAUAAAGAAAUGACUUUUUUUGUCUCAAAAUCCUUCACCAUGGAGUAAAUAACCAGUGUUCAACUUGUACUUGUUCAACUUGUUUGUGCUGGCAACAGAUCAGAGGUCAUUCAGACAAUUCGAAGCUUCACAAACUAAUCUCUGUAUGUAUUGACACUAACUAUUCAUUUUUAGGGUAAAAUUCAUCCCUGGAGUUGAUGAAAAAAAAGUCAGAGAACAAAUGAACGAUUGUGCCUCCUCUCCCAUUGAUUAAAAUUAUGUUAUUGUGUUUGUUUUCAUCUUCUCUAAAUGGAUCAUGUAAUAUUUCCACUUGAAGAAGUCUUUCACUGAAGACACACGGACACACUUUCCAAAUCCUGCUACAGAAAUGUUACAGACAAUAGAGACUGGGUUCUGUCAUAGGUAUUCAGUACCUCACCUGCAUCAGAAAAGUAGUUCGUAUGGGGAAGGUGAAGAGCAUGCUUUACUGUUUCUCAUAAGGGUUUAUUUCUCAGUAAAAGAGAAGACAGCUGACUGAGGCUUCUACCAAGACUUCCUUCCAGACCCUUAGAAGUAUCUCUUGUGCUGAUGGACAGUUCCAGCAUGCUGGUGGUGUCCUUGCUUCCUGAAAUGGCAGGGCUUCCUUGGCCAUGCGCACUGGGGCUCCGCCACAGGUGGCCAGGGGUGGGGAGCAGCAGCGGUCUGAGAGGUGUGGGGGGGGGAGGGGAACAGUAGGGUAAAGGAGAAAAUUUAAGCCCAUUAAAAAAUUCAACCUGUAACUUAGAAAGAUACCUAAAAUCCUUACUUUAUUAAGGCUUUCAUAUGAGAUGUGAGACUCAGAAUAUACCAUGCUGAGUAUUUUUCUAUCAAGGUAUGUGUAUAACAUGAAAAUAAAGCUUUAUUUGUGGAAUUUUAAAAGGAGUAGUAGCGACCUUGAUAACAUAUGGAAGCACAAGGUAUAUUCCACUUUCUUUCUAAAGUAUGUGUAAUAUUUAUCAUCUCUGUGUUGAUAAAAUAACAUUGUUUUUAACAUAAUGAAUACAUGGUAUUGAUUUUUGAGUCUAUAAUUUUCAAAGCAAUUAAAAUGCCCUCACUGUGAUUGUGCUAAUUAUAUGGAUUUAGACUAAUUUAGUAUGUGAAAUGCUUUUCAUAACUAAAGUAUACACAGACCGUUAUUAAAUUUUAAUUUAUGAAAUUUGAUUAUGAUUUUCAAAUGAUCAUUAAAAACCUUCACCACUAGCAGUUGCGUAUUGAAUAACAAAAAUACCAUGUUACACAUGUAUGAGGUGUUCAUUCAUAUACUGGUCAAGCUGAUAAAAAUUGUUCUUUGGCACAGAAACACUUAAGAUUUUUGCAGUACAUCCCUAUAUAAAAUGAGAAAUAAAGAAACAAACUCCAAAGGUUUCAAAGAAAAAGUUGAAUGCUUUGAAUUUAAUGAGGAUAUGACCCUUAACACAAAUAUCUAUAGUAAGCAUAUCUGAAAUUCCAGGGAUUUAACAUUCUUGACAUUGUUAACAACUGAUCCUGAAGGUCCAUGGCAUUAGUAUUUCAUGAUUUUCCUGUGCUGAGAAAUUGAUGACAUUCCAUGCAGGCUAAUGAAGGAGCAAAACUGAUCAACUAGGUAGUAUUUUUCAUAAUGUCACUACUGUUUUCUAAUCCCCAUCCUGGAUGCCUUAUUUCUCAUUAGAAGGAUGAAGAGGUCACUUAAACACUUCAGUCAUACUUUGCUAUGUUUCAUGGGGGAAAUUAUCUGCUAUUAUGGUAUGUAUAAAUUAGCAUAUUUUUAAGGAUAUAAUCUCUAAUGGAAUGUGCUUAAUUUUUAACGGUUAAAUGUAGUGUAAGUGUACCAUCGAUCAGAGUGCUUGCUACUUAUUAAAGGCUCAAAAGUUACUAAUGCUUUAUAUUAUCAUCAGCCACUGUCAUGUUUUAUUAUAAUGAAAAUUGUAGCUAACAUUUAAGUAAUUACUGUGUGCCAAGCAAUACUUCCAAGUGAUUUACCCCUAUUUUGUUGUUAUUGCUUCACUAAUCCUCACAAUGAUUUGGGGUAGUACUCUUUUCAUCACCCCCAUUGUGAUGAGGAACUGAAGCACAGAAGGGCCCAGUGAUUCUCCCAAGGCCACCUGACAAGUGGUAGAGAAGCAGGAUUUAAACCCAGGAAGUCUGCCUUCUUAACACAUUAUGCUGCUUCUUCUUAUUCGUAGAAGAACUGUUGUAAUAUUACCAAUAAUUUGUUAGUAAAUUUGGAGAUAUGUAGCAUGUGUUGCCAUUAAAUUAUAGACACUUUACAUUGAGGGAAAAAUGAGUGGAGAUACGUAAAAUGCCUUUCAUAUGUAAAAAUCAUAGGACUUCUUAGACAAUUUUACCGUUCUGGAUACACGUUUUGAGGCAAUGCGGUGCUGUUGCAAUCUGAAAAAAUAGAUUCCUCGUAAUUGAAGAUAACAGUUUUAGAUAUGUUUUGAAAGUCUGGAGAAGUAUAUUAUAUAAAAUUUGAUUCCAAAACAGCGGUAACAAUAAAAAAUGUCCAAUGAAUGAAUGAAUGAAGACAGUUUUUCAAUGCUAUAAUGUACCUCCAUGUGACAUUGGACAUUUAACUGGCCUUCAGUUUUUAGGAUGGGUUUACUUAAUGUUCACAUAGUCCUCUACCUAACUGCUCACGCGCUCUCCUACAACUCCUAUAAACCUUACUAACGCCUACCAACAGUUCUUCCAAGUACAGUGUUUGGACAUUUCCCUCUCUUCCCCUAAAAGUAAAGAUCGUGCGAACAAAUUUUGGUUCUUAACAUAGGAUUGCUAACCAGUAAUCCAUCGUCAAUACAUCUUAAAUAUUCCACCAUAUCUUAUAAGGUUACUAAUAUUAAAUAUUACAAAACAAAUAUAAUAUUAACAAUGAGCAAUUUGAAGAGACUAGAAUUCUACAUCUAUUUCCAUUACUGUAUAACGAGAAAGAAGGAAGGAAAGAAACAAAGAAUUCCUGUAUAGGUUUUAUUUAUAUUGGAUAUAUAAAGUCAUAUUUAGAAGGUAAGCUUUAUUUUAUGAGCCAAUAUCCUCAUCUGAAGAGUCUCACACUAUUUUCUGUCUCUUUAAAUCACAUUCUUUCAGUGGCUUCAGUUCCCUAUGCAUUCGGUUGUCACUCUUCUUGCAGUAACAAGGUUUAAUUUAAAAACAGGCUAAUGUCUUAUGAUUUUAUAAUAUAUAUGAUAUUAUAAUGAUACUGGUUCUGACUCAAUUGAUUUAAAUUUUGUGAUAGCUAACUAAAUUCAGUAUGAAAUGAAAUUAUCCUUGGUACUAGCUAGAAAAGUCAAGACAAUGAAUAGGCAAAAAAAAAAAAAAAAAAAAAUCCUGAGGGAUGCAUUAACUAAUUUAAAAAAAUAAAACUAUUUUGAGGGCACCUGGCUGGCUCAGUCAAUAGAGUUACUCUUGAUCUUAGGAUUAUGAGUUCAAGCCCCACAUUGGGUGUAGAGAUUACUUAAAAAAUAAAAUCUCGUAAAAAAGAAAGACUAAUUUCAACCCUCCACGCAAUAUAGUUUUUUGGAAAAAAAUAGUAUUUAGGGAGUUGAGAGUUACUCUACGUAUUUGAUAAUAAUGCAUUCAUAUUUAAAGUACUAACGUAUUCCUUGAUUAGUUCAUAUAGAUAUUUUCCUAUGUAGCAUGAUUUGGGACAGAUUACAGGGCAUAUUUUUAUGCACCUAUAUUUCUUUAAAAAACAUAAUAUUGAAGUUUAAAAUGAAUAACCCUACUUUAAGUCAUUCUACUUUGCAUUUUACUUUAAAGGUUAUUUUCAGAUUUUCUUCAAUAGUGGUAUUUACUAAUAUGGAAACUAAUGUUUUGUAUGAUUAAAUUGCUUCUGAAUUUUUGGAAACUAUGUUUAAUUCUUAAAGAAUUAUUUUUAAGUGAAUUAAUAUACUAAAUUAUAGUUUAAUUACUUUCCUGAAGCCAGUGAUAGUGAUUUCAUGUGUAUGCAUGUGUGUGUACACAUAUGUAUAUGUAUCAUGUGUAUAUGCACACACAUACACAAAUAAACAUAUAUACCAAUUUGCUGAAUGAAUUGUCAGUUGUUCUGCUUAAGUAUAAAGGCAAAAGCUUUUGAAAUGGUUUAGAAUGAUCUGAAGUUCGAUUAAGAAAAAUAUUCUGUAUGCUAUCAGAUUUUUGAAGUUUCAGUGAUAAAUCUCAGAAAUGUGUCACCCUACAUGAAGCAGAAGAGGUGGGGAAAAGUUAUGAGAGGGUCUGCCCAAUACAGGGCUCAGGCUAUCCUUGUACGUAUAGUGGUUGCAAUCUUCCUAUGUGCUGUAAUUCUGUAAUUGUUAUUACAUUUAGUCUUUGGUUUUAAAUUUUUCUUACUACUUCAGGCCUUUGCUUUUAACGGUGAUCUCAGCAUUCCCAUCGCCACGUUGCGCACACAUGGAAGGUUGUAAAAGUACAGCCUAUGCAUUCUCUCACUACAGCAUACUUCACUCAGGAUAGCUUGCUUUUCUCACUGAGAAGAGACAUUUGAAGUCUACUAAGAUAGAGUUAGAGAUCCUAUAUCUCUAUAGACAUUUUUAUAUACAUAUAUUUGCUACUUUUUUGUUUUUGUGAUUAUACAUUAUAGAAAUCACUUGGAUUCUCAUGUCUUGUUUUGGAUGAAGAGAUGAAAUACGGAGUUCUUCAAUAUAUUGAAUGUUCUGUAGACUUCAGAUUUGUCUAAAUAUAUAGUACGCAUACCUGGCAGGCCACCUUUUGAUGACUGACAAUAGUUUCCCACUCAGUUUGGCAUCAAUUUACCUAACUUUGCCUUCCAGAAGAAGUAGCUGGUUAAGAACAAAAUUGUUGAAUUUUCAAGUGAUAUUUCUACUAGAAAUAGAAAGCUUUGGACAGUUUUACAUGCAAAUAACAGAAUAAAUACCCACUCAUGUAUUCGUUCCACAAAUAUGUUUGAGAAUUCACUGUGUACAAGGCUUAGCCAGUGGGUCUCUUUUUUUGUGUUGGAUGUGUUUGGUUCAAAAACCUUCUCAAUAUCUCUUUUGUGUUAAUGGCUGCUUGUGUCUUUUACUUGAAAUGACAUUAUCUGUAAUGCAAACCUAUUCUAAUACCUUGUAGGUAUAUAUACUGUAUGAAAUCAAGAAUACUAAGUUGGAAAAAUGCUUUAGAAAGCAUACAUUUAAAUUUGAAUUAUCUAAUGCCUCAAGCAAAUUUCUUAGAGUUUCAGAUGAAUAUAUAUUUUUGUAACUGCCAAGUAAAUGAGUAGAUCAUAGCUUUUGCUUAAAAAAUAUUUUUAUAAGUAUUCAGUUGAGAGUUAGUUACUUUAUGUAUUUGGAUAUAAUUUACAUUUCAGUAUUUUAAAUAGUAUUUUAAAUAGUAUUCAUUAUUUUAAAAAGUAUUUUACUAUUAUUUUACUAUUUUAAAUAGUAAAAUAUCAAAUUUGUUCUAUAAAUAGUAAUACUUUUGAAAAUAUUCGUAUUUAACAUUGUAUAACAGCCAAAAUGUAGCAAUAAAUUUCACCUGAGUGUGUUAUUAUAAGCAGUCAAUUUUUACUUUGUAAAAGAUACAUGUAACAUAGUUUCAUUCAGGACUUUGUGAAUGGUUAAAAUGAUCCAAGUGCAUUAUGUAUUUUUAUAUCAUUUAAUUUUGUCUGCAUAAAAGACUAGAAUAGUAGCAUUGUAUCAUUAACAUCAAUAAUAAUAAAGAAAA